AUGGACCUCGCGUUCAGCCAGACAGAGGUGGGAAACCUCAUCCGAGAAAAGAGCUCGGAGCUUGGUGGCGUUGGUGCGGCGUUGGCGUACGUCCACAAUCACCUCCGCGACGUCAUGCUCGGCACCGUCCCUGCGGUGCCGCUCCACGAUGUGUUUCCGCUGAGCCCGUUGCGGCGCCUUCCAGGAAAGCUGUGCCGCUGCCGCGGCAUGAUACAGGAGGUGGAGCCGAACAUCACGCUGUACCGUGCCUCGUGCGCGGAUUUCUUUGGUACCGUGUCCGGUGACGAUGCGGCGAUGUUAGAGGCAACGUUGUUUUACGUCAUUCCUGUGCCGGGAAAUGCGCACUUCUACGACGCGCAGCAUGAGGGGGCGGCAGAUGAUGAGCGCACUGCCUUCUCCGAGCAGAUGGCACUUCGCCAUGCUUCCAUGGGUCGCAAGCGCCGCUAUCGACCAGACGACGAUCAACAGCAACAGCAGCAGCAAUCACAACACGAUGAGAAUGAGGGCGGUGUCACGGAGCGCGGCACCCGGCAGCGCCGCGAAGACGCGGUGGUACCACAGAGCCGUGACGACCCCCAGCCGGUGUUGGGGGUGCCGCUCCAUCAGCAGUUGAACCUUCCGCAUCCACCAGUCUCUGCUGCCCUACAUACAGCAUGCAUAGUGACUGUCAUUCAGCACAGCAAUGCAGACAAGGAACGGCUGCAGCUGAAUGAUGUGGUUGAUUUUUUUGGUUUUCUUGAUGAUCCACCCGCGUCCCUGAGCACGCACGACACCGGUGAAUUUGACGAGCUCGAAGGUUUUGGUGCCUGGCAUGCGGAGGAGCUUCCGUCGGGGUUGCUCUCGCGUAUGACGUGCAUGUCAUGGCGACAUGUCUAUAGUGCACCGGAACGGCCGUUGUUGCCAGUUUUCUUUGAAAGCAGGCGACCACUUGUGGUGCAGUACAUGACCCACACUAUUUGCGAAGGUGACGCCCUGCUUGCGGAGUACAUUCUUCUGCACCUUUGUUCACGUGUUGUGACACAUGAAAGUGCCACACCCAUUGGUGAUGUUCCUCUACGCGUUGAGGGCCAAGACCUGAACCCUGGGGCGUGGUCGGCGUACCUGCGGGAUGUGGUUCCCGUUGGUGAGGUGUUGCUUGAUGGGACGCAGCUGUUGGACACGACACGGCGCAUCACCCCGCAACAGGACCAGGUGACGAAUGUGCUGCGCACCGGUAUGCUGCAGCUCGCCAAUGGGACGCACGUCACGCUGGACUGCAGUGCGGUAGCCAAAUCAACCUCUACUCUGCAGGAUGCCCUCUUUGUGGUCAUACAUAAAGAGAUGCUACCGCUUGAAUACCCGUACCAGAUGUAUGAGGUUCCCAUUGACCUCAGCUUCCUCGCCCUCUCAUCAGCGACGAUGGAAGAGGAGGUUGAACUGCUUCGGUUUGCUGUCUCCCUGCGGUGGACGCCGGAGCUUCCGGUAGACGCGGCGCCUUCCAACGGAUUGACUACGGAUGAUGUGCGGGAUUACUUGGCACAGGUGCGAUGUGUGCGCCGCCGGUUUGAGAAGGAUAACCCCUCUCGGGCACUUGGGCUGGCCGACAGGCUGGUUUCCUUUGGCAGGUCGGAGCCGCGCUGGAACAACCAUGACCCAUUCCUACACAACAAUUCGUUUUCCAUGACGGCCGCACUGAUACGCGCGUGUGCGGCGAGCUUUGGUCGAGAGGUGAUUUCCGAUGACGAUGUCGAGCACGUUCUGUCACUGGAGAGGCGGCGCAUGGCUCGUCAGUGUUAA